AGCCGGAAACAGAAACAGCUCAAAAGUCAAAACCCACGACUGUAUAAAAUAGACACCGCAGAUAGAGUUUCGUACUUCCAGCUCCAGUCCAAAAGCACAAAGCUAUUACCCACACGUCACUCUCCAACCGUAUAAAUACGUGGUUUCGCCGGCAAAACCAAAAACUAUUAAGCUCUUGCAAAUUUGGGUUUAACAAUGGAGGAGGGUUUUGGCCUCUGUUCAUCGUUUCUCUAACAAAACCUCAAGGGUCUUUUUAUAAUAUUGAAUUUGGAAGGUUGUUUGGGGAGGGGGAGGGAAAUUGAAUGGCGGUGGAGUACAAGUGUUGUGGAACGGAUUUCUUUAUUCAUAUAUUGGUAAUAGUAUUGUUGGUGGUGUUCGCGGGUCUGAUGUCGGGUCUUACUUUGGGCCUUAUGUCCAUGAGUCUUGUUGACCUUGAGGUUCUUGCUAUGUCUGGUACUCCCAACGAUCGUAGACAUGCUGCAAAGAUAUUGCCUGUUGUCAGAAAACAGCAUUUGUUGCUUUGUACACUACUUCUAUGCAAUGCUGCUGCAAUGGAGGCACUUCCCAUUUUCCUUGAUAGCUUGGUUACUGCUUGGGGUGCUAUCCUGAUAUCGGUGACCUUGAUUCUUCUAUUUGGUGAGAUAAUACCACAAUCUGUUUGUUCUAGAUAUGGUUUGGCAAUUGGUGCGACAGUGGCUCCAUUUGUUCAAGUUCUUGUUUGGGUCUGUUUUCCUAUUGCCUAUCCAAUAAGUAAGCUGUUAGACUUGCUGCUGGGCCAUGGACAUGUAGCACUUUUUCAAAGAGCUGAGUUGAAAACCCUAGUAAAUUUGCAUGGCAACGAGGCUGGAAAAGGUGGAGAAUUGACACAUAAUGAAACGACAAUUAUAGCUGGAGCACUUGAGCUCAGUGCCAAAACAGCUAAAGAUGCCAUGACUCCUUUAUCUGAAGCGUUUGCAGUUGAUAUUAAUGCCAAACUUGACAGGGACUUGAUGAAUUUAGUUUUGGAGAAAGGGCAUAGCAGAGUGCCAGUUUACUACGAGCAGACUACAAACAUCAUCGGACUCAUUUUGGUAAAUAAUUUAUUGACAAUUCACCCUGAAGAUGAAGUACCUGUGAAAAGUGUUACCAUACGAAGGAUUCCAAGGGUUCAAGAAGAAUUGCCAUUAUAUGAUAUAUUAAAUGAAUUUCAGAAAGGUCAUAGCCACAUGGCCGUCGUUGUAAGACAGUGCAACAGGACAGAUGAAUCUCCUACUAGUAACCGUGAUGAAAGGCCCCUGCCAGAAGUGAGAGUCGACAUGGAUGCCGACAAACAUCCAAAAGAAAAAGUUUUAAGACGUAAACGUUCACUCAAGUGGAAGAGCUUUCCAGCUACAGGAAGAUCUUUUAAAGGUGGUUCUCGGAGCAAAAAAUGGACAAAAGGUACUGAUUCAGACAUCCUCCAUCUAAAUGACAAUCCACUCCCAACGCUCACAGAAGAAGAGGCUAUUGGCAUAAUAACAAUGCAAGAUGUGAUUGAAGAGCUUUUACAGGAGGAGAUCUUUGACGAGACGGAUCAUCAUUACGAGGACUCAUGACAUUUAUUUUCCUAGUUUUAGAUAAUGAUGAAAAUAUAUAUACAGUAAUACAAACUCUCUGUGAAAAGGUGAUUUUGUUUUUUAUUUCCAGGUUUAUUUCUCUCAUGUCUUGCAUUUUUCUCAAUAUAUGCAUAUGUAUACCUAUAUAAGCACAUGGAUUCAACAUUCUAAGUUUAAACCAAAUUCUCUUCAAUUGAUUAUCAAACUGCUUGUGUUUAUGAGGCAAAUCAACAUGUAGACUUAGCUUUCGAAUUUCAAGGUUUGUUCUUCUUGGCAAGGCUUUUCAGCUUCUCGUUUGCAGCCACAAGUUCAGCAGCUAUUCCUGGUUCGUUGGCUGAAUGCCCCGCAUUUGGAACAACCUGUGAUAAUAAAGUGUUUUUUUUUUUUUCAUUAUGCAAAACAGUUAUAAGAAGUCGUAAAUUAGUCUCCAUGGUUGAGUGAUUGCAUGCAAAUGCAGACUGAACAAGAUAAACCUGAUGUGAUUAUAGGCCGCAGCAUCAUAUUCAACAGAUAAUUUAGAUCUUACCUUAAAAUCCGCCUCUGGAAAUGCUUUGUGGAGAUCCCAAGCAGACAUCAUGGGACAGCAAACAUCAUAUCUUCCCUGUUCAAAAUGGUUCAAGGGGUACCAGAUUACACAUGUUCAUAAACUUUUAGAAUGCAAUAUAUUUGUAAGACUCUUUAUGUUAAAAUGUCUUAUGAAGAAGCAGAAAGGUGGCCUGCAUUGUCUGGGAGGUAAA